GGUAAUCAAUCUCUUGAGAAAUGAGAUUAAUACAUACAGGGAAGUUAAAUUCUCUCUGGAAUGUAUAUGAUGUACUAGACCUGGAUGAAGAUAAUCAAUCUCUUGAGAAAUGAGAUUGAUUAAUACAUCCAGGAAAAUUAAAUACACUCUGGAAUGGAUAUAUGGUGUCAUCAGAAUUGCUGUGAUUGUGUAUGGAAGCAGUUCAUAGGUUAUUGAUAAUUGGCUGUUAUACUAUUUUGAAUGAUGAUUCUGGGGGAACCAGGGAUGAAUAGUUGGAAAUAGUAUUCAGUAUUCUGAAUUAAUGCAAUGCAGGGUAUAGUUUUGGUUUUGAUUGUGGAUUUGAAUUUGAUUGUGGAUUUGAUUUGACUGUGACAUGCAGUACAGAAAAUGUAUUGAACAAUUCAGAAACUCAAAGAUGAAUGAGAAUGGUGAUUAUCUACUUAGAAAAAAAUGUUCAUUUCAAGUAUAUGGUUUGUAUGUGUAUAUCCAUAUACACAUCCAUAUAUAUCCGUACAAAUGGAAAAGGAAUGAAUCAAAAGCAUGAUUAAAUGAUUAUGUGCAAUAAAAGAGAAUGAAUGAGAGUGUGUGCAAGAGGUUCUGGUUGUUAUUUAUUUUUUUAAGGGGGAACCAUUAGUUGGUAGUAUCAGGAAUGGAUUUGGGGAAGAAAUGGAAAGAACUGAAAGAAAUCAAUAUGAAAAACUACAAGUAGUCAACUUAUGAGUAUGAUUGGAACUGGAAUUUCAGUCAUUGAACAAAGUGGCUAUUAACAUUGUGUGUUGUGUCUGCGCCCUCCGAGCCGGGCCUCCUGCCAGAAAGUGACUUGGAGCUGGGCCUGUUGCCAGAAGGUGACUUGGACAGUGAGGGGGAAGGGCCAUCAGGACUUACCUCGGGAGCACUGGCUUCCCUGGCUCAGCUCCAGGAGCCAGAAGCAGGCCAGGUGAAAGAGAUAACGAGGCCUCCUUCCCCUGACUCUUCCCCCCCCCCCGCCACGCCUGCAGACCCAGCUUAUAGCAAUCAGGCUUGGUUUCAUAGGCAGGAGAGGAGGGAACAACAGAAGCAAGGGUGGGGCAGGCCUAGGAAGUGCUGAGUCAUGGAGCCACACCCCACAGGAUAUAAAAGGCAGCCAGAGCUGCUGUGUCUCUUUGUAACAGGCAAAUCCACUGAUUAAGAGCUGAAGUUUGUUUCUAGGUGACUCACCAGUGUCGUGGAAGAUAACGGAGGCUCUUGGCAGAUGCUGGCUAUUCUGCUGCCAGAGCUGAUAGUGACGGCUAAUUAAGCCAUCAUUCGGACGGAGGCGAGGGAGGACAGAACAUUAUGUGACUGCUUCUUUCAACAAUGAGAAUCCUGGUAUCUCCGGCUGUAUGGGAGAAAUUUUAGUAAAGAAGAUCACGUUCUUUUCAUUAAGCUGUUGUAUGAACUAGUAACUAUUCCAAAAUUGGAGAUCAGCAUGAUGCAAGGUUUUGCUCGACUUUUAAUAAACUUGUUGAAAAAAAAAGAACUUUUGUCAAGAGAUGAUUUAGAAUUGCCCUGGAGACCACUUUAUGAAAUGCUGGAACGUAUAUUGUAUUCUAAGACAGAACAUCUUGGAUUAAAUUGGUUUCCAAAUUCAUGUCGACCAGGCUUGUCUUCACCUAAAACAUUUGUGCUUAAUGUUUUACAUAGGUGCUCAGUAGAAAGUGUUUUGAAGACUCUUGUGAAAAAUUGUCGACUUUAUUUCCCAGAAAGUGCCACAGCAGAGAUGUUAGACGAAUGGCGGCCAUUAAUGUGCCCUUUUGACGUUACCAUGCAAAAAGCUAUCACUUAUUUUGAACUGUUUCUACCUACCACUCUUCCUCCAGAGUGCCAUCACAAAGGUUUUAAGCUCUGGCUUGAUGAAUUUCUAGGCCUUUGGGUUUCAGUUCAAAAUCUUCCACAAUGGGAAGGGCAUUUAGUAAACCUUUUUGCACGUUUGGCCACUGAUAACAUAGGCUACAUCAACUGGGAUCCCUAUAUUCCAAAGAUAUUUACUAGAAUACUACGUAGCUUGAAUCUUCCAGUAGGAAGCAAUCAGAUGAUGGUUCCACGAUUCCUAACAAAUGCUUACGACAUAGGGCAUGCAGUUAUGUGGAUCACAGCUAUGAUGGGCGGACCAAGCAAGCUUGUACAAAAGCAUUUGGCUGGAUUAUUCCAAAGUAUUGCAUCUUUCUAUCAUCCCUCAAAUAAUGGUCGCUGGUUGAACAAGCUAAUGAAGCUACUUCAGCGUCUACCCAGUAGUAUAGUCAGAAGACUGCAUCGUGAGCGCUAUAAGAAGAUGAGCUGGCUGACUCCUGUGCCCGAUAGCCAUAAGCUUACUGAUCAGGACAUAACAGAAUUUGUAGAAUGCAUUAUACAACCUGUCCUGCUGGCAAUGUUUAGCAAAACUGGAAGUUUAGAGGCAGCCCAAGCAUUACAGAAUCUUGCACUAAUGCGUCCUGAGUUGGUAAUCCCACCAGUACUUGAAAAAACAUAUCCCGCACUAGAGACAUUAACAGAACCUCAUCAGCUGACAGCUACGUUAAGUUGUGUAAUUGGUGUAGCUCGUAGCCUGGUAUCUGGGGGCAAGUCAUUUCCUGAAGGUCCAACACAUAUGUUGCCUCUGUUGAUGAGAGCAUUGCCUGGUGUGGAUCCAAAUGAUUUUAGCAAAUGCAUGAUCACAUUCCAGUUCAUUGCAACAUUUUCUACUCUCGUGCCUUUAGUGGAUUGUUCAUCAGUACUACAAGAGAGAAAUGAUCUCACAGAGGUGGAGAGAGAACUGUGCUCUGCUACUGCUGAAUUUGAAGAUUUUGUACUGCAGUUUAUGGACAGAUGUUUUGGACUCAUAGAAAGCAGCACAUUGGAGCAAACAAGAGAGGAGACUGAAACAGAAAAGAUGACUCAUUUAGAAAGCUUAGUGGAACUAGGACUAUCUUCUACAUACAACACAAUCCUCACACAGUGCUCAAAAGACAUAUUUAAGGUUGCCUUAGAGAAGGUUUUCAAUUUUGCUGUCUCAAAUAUUUUUGAGACAAGAGUGGCUGGUCGAAUGGUGGCUAAUAUGUGCCGAGCUGCAGUGAAAUGCUGUCCAGAGAAGUCUUUGAAGCUUUUUGUACCCCAUUGCUGUAGUGUUAUAACACAUCUCACUCUCAAUGAUGAUGCGUUACAUGAUGAAGAAUUAGAUAAAGAACUCCUUUGGAAUCUUCAACUUUUAUCAGAGAUCACUCGUGUGGAUGGGAAGAAGUUGCUGCCAUACAGGGAGCAGCUUUUGAAGAUUCUACAACGAACCCUCCAUUUAACCUGUAAGCAGGGUUACAUUCUGUCUUGUAACCUACUGCACCAUCUUCUUCGUUCUACUACACUUAUCUACCCCACAGAAUAUUGCAGUGUGCCAGGUGGUUUUGACAAGCCUGUUUCUGAAUACUUUCCUAUCAAGGACUGGGGUAAACCUGGUAAUCUACAGAAACUUGAUAUUCAGUGGCAUGUUCCUUCAGCUGAAGAAGUUGCUUUUUCUUUUGAAUUGUUGGAUACUUUUCUCCAGCCAGAGCUUGACAAACUGGAGCAGUAUUCAGAUGGAAGUCUUGAAAUGUCCAGAGAUGAUGUUCAGCAGUGUCUUACUAUAGUACACAAUUGCCUUAUUGGAUCAGGAAACAUGCUGCCACCUCUGAAAGGAGAAAAAGUGGCUCACAUGGUUCCAAGUCUAGUGUCAUUGGAAGAGAUCAAACUUUAUACCGGUGUUGAAUAUGAUUUGUCGAAAGAGAAUUACAGGGAAAGAAUCUGCAAAGUGACAAGAAAACUCCUACACUUUGUACUUGACAACUCGGAGGAUGAUACUAAGUCUUUGUUCCUAAUCAUUAAGAUUAUUGGGGACCUCUUACAUUUCCAAGGUUCACAUAAGCAUGAGUUUGAUUCACGGUGGAAAAGUUUUAACUUGGUGAAGAAAUCAAUGGAGAAUAGGCUUCAAGGCAAGAAACAGCAUAUUAGAGCACUGCUCAUUGACAGAGUCAUGUUACAGCAUGAGUUAAGAACACUCACUGUUGAAGGCUGUGAAUAUAAAAAAGUACAUCAGAACUUGAUCAGGGACCUUCUUCGUUUAUCUACAAGUUCCUAUGGCCAGGUCAGGAACAAAGCUCAACAAGCCUUCUUCACAGCCUUGGGGACUUACAACUUCUGUUGCAGAGACAUCAUUCCUUUGGUUUUGGAGUUUUUGAGGCCAGAUGGAUACAGUGUCACCCAGCAACAAUUUAAAGGUGCCUUGUAUUGCCUUCUUGGGAAUCAUAGUGGAGUGUGUCUGGCAAAUCUUCAUGAUUGGGACUGCAUUGUCCAAACUUGGCCUGCAAUUGUCUCUUCUGGACUUAGCAAAGCAAUGUCUCUGGAAAAGCCAUCCAUAGUUAGACUCUUUGAUGACCUUGCAGAGAAAAUCCAUCGACAGUAUGAAACAAUAGGACUGGAUUUUACUGUCCCAGAGACAUGUAUUGAAGUUGCAGUCCUCAUGCAGAAGUCAGUGGGUCAAAACGGUGAAUGUACCAGCCUUAGUUCAGAAGAGAUUGAGCUGGGAAUUCAGCGACAGAAAGAGAGGAAUGCCGAGUCCUCUCAAAAUUAUGAAAAUUUGGUAAAUAAGCUUCUAGAUUGUGUGAAUCAAAGAAAUCUCCCUUGGAAGUUUGAGCACAUUGGCAUUGGUUUUCUCUCCCUGCUUUUAAGGGAUGACAGAGUGCUACCUGUAAGAGCCAUAAAUUUUUUUGUGGAAUGUCUCAAUCAUGAUGUCUUGGUGGUUCGCAAGAUGGCAAUCUCUGCUGUGGCUGGCAUCCUUAAGCAGCUGAAAAGGCCCCACAAAAAGAUGCUCAUCUGUCCUUUCAAAAUCAGUGGAUCCCCACAGCCUUCUAACAUCCAAGCAGGUGACAGAUCUGAUAACCAAUGGCUGCAUUAUGAGAGUGCUAGUUUACCAAAGACUAAACAAAGUUGGGAGGCCUGCCAUUUUGUGGAAAAAACACAUUGGGGAUACUACACUUGGCCUCGAAAUAUGGAAAUCUAUGCUUCUGCAGAAGAGCAACCAAAACUUGGGAGGAGUAGAAAGGAACUUUCAGAGGCAGAGCAAGUCAUUUAUGAUCACUUUUCUGAUCCUAAUUUUGUUGAGCAGUUAAUCAAGUUUCUUUCUUUAGAAGACAGAAAAGGAAAAGAUAAAUUUAAUCCACGAAGGUUUUGCCUCUUUAAGGGUCUGUUUAGAAAUUUUGAUGAUACCUUCUUACCUGUAUUGAAACCACACUUGGAACGUCUUGCUGAAGAUUCCCAUGAAAGUCCUCAACGCUGUGUAGCUGAAAUUAUAGCUGGUUUGAUAAGAGGGUCUAAACACUGGACAUUUGAAAAGGUGGAGAAUCUCUGGAAAGUUCUCUGUCCACUUCUUAGGACAGCUUUAUCCAAUAUUACAGUAGAAACUUACAAUGAUUGGGGGACAUGUAUAGCAACAUCAUGUGAGAGCAGAGAUCCCAGGAAAUUGCACUGGUUGUUUGAAUUGUUAUUGGAGUCUCCCCUGAAUGGUGAAGGAGGAUCAUUUGUUGAUGCAUGUCGUCUGUAUGUUUUGCAAGGGGGCCUUGCACAACAAGAAUGGCGAGUGCCAGAACUGCUGCACAGAUUGCUGAAAUACCUAGAGCCUAAGCUCACUCAAGUUUAUAAAAAUGUCAGAGAGAGGAUAGGAAGUGUUUUGACAUACAUCUUCAUGAUAGAUAUUUCUUUACCAAAUACUGCACUAACAAAGUCUCCCCGUGUCCAUGACUUCACUUCUCGAAUACUUGAAAAACUCAAACCUCUUAUGGAAGUGGAUGAAGAAAUUCAGAAUCAUGUUUUGGAAGAAAAUGGAAUUGGAGAGGAAGAUGAACGAACUCAGGGCAUUAAACUACUGAAAACUAUUCUAAAGUGGUUGAUGGCAAGUGCAGGGAGAGCUUUUUCUACAGCUGUUACAGAACAGCUUCAGCUUUUGCCAUUGUUUUUCAAGAUUGCGCCUGUUGAAAAUGAUCAUAGCUAUGAUGAAUUGAAGAGAGAUGCUAAAAUGUGCUUAUCAUUAAUGUCUCAGGGAUUGCUAUAUCCUCAACAAGUGCCUUUGGUACUUCAGGUGCUAAAACAAAUUGCAAAGAGUAAUUCCUGGCAUGCUAGAUAUACUGUGCUAACCUACCUCCAGACUAUGGUAUUUUAUAAUCUUUUUAUCUUCUUAAACAAUGAAGAAGCUGUGAACAACAUCAGAUGGCUGGUUAUAAAACUAUUGGAAGAUGAACAGCUUGAGGUGAGAGAGAUGGCUGCUACCACUUUGGGUGGUUUGCUCCAGUGCCAUUUCCUGGAGAUUGAUGACCCUAUGCAGACUCAUUUUGAGCAGCUCUGUAAAAUGAGACUUCCAAAGAGAAGAAAACGAGACCUCAGUACUGUAGUGGAUACCAUUCCCCCUGCAGAUUUAGUUAAACGCCAUGCUGGUGUGCUUGGACUUAGUGCGUGUAUUUUGUCCAGUCCAUAUGAUGUGCCCACGUGGAUGCCUCAACUUUUGAUGGAUCUUAGUGCCCACUUGAAUGAUCCUCAGCCUAUUGAGAUGACAGUAAAAAAAACAUUGUCAAAUUUCCGGAGAACUCACCAUGAUAACUGGCAGCAACAUAAACAACAAUUCACUGAUGACCAGCUGCUUGUCCUUACAGAUCUUUUGGUAUCACCGUGCUAUUAUGCAUAAAAGGGUGACACUGUGUUGUAAAAUCUGUACCCUUGGGCUACCUUGGAAUGGUCUUCUUGAUAUCCAGCAUGACAUAGCAAAAUGUCACCUUUCAAACAGUGCCUUGUAAUUUUUAGACUCAUUAAAUGAAACCAAUACUGUCUGGCCUUUUCCUUCCUUCAUAUAAGAAACUCUUUAGAAUUCACGUUUAAAAAUAUAAAAUUAAAAUGUAUUACCCUUUUAAUUUAAAUUGAAAGAAAAUAAUCAAAUAUAGAUGGGGCAUGUAUUGAAUAUGGUGUCAAAGAGAUUGAAACAUAAUUUUUGCUAUCCAAAAGGUGCCUUUCAAAAGGCAACUGAACUUUCUUGGGUUUUUUUCCCCUUGAAAACAUUUCACUUCUGGUCCUAGAAGCUCUUCAAUUUGGACUGAAUGGUGGGGAAUAGAAUAAUUUAUAUUCUUUGCUGUCAUCUGUUUGUUAGUACUCUUAAGAGUUGUUGAAGCCAUCUGGGGAUUUAUUUGUACUCUCAAGGUGACCUGAAUCAGCGUGCAAAUAGGUGUGGAACCUUCUUGGGACUGCUGAAAAGACUGUGUGGUAGAAACCAAGAAAGUCCAGUUGCCUUUUGAAAAGCACCUUUGGGUAACCAUGAUCUGGAUAAUUGAGAAUCUCCAUAAAUAACUUUUGCUAGUUUUCCAGUAUAUUAUCUUGAAAUCAAUUUACAUUCAUCUUGCAUUAUAUUUAUUAUAUAUGAUGAUAAAAUGGGGUUCACACCAUAUUUACAUUUUAUGUGAGACUAGUAUGGACAAUAUUUUUACACACUGCGUCGUGUUUGCAUGUGGUAGUAUACAGGAUGUGACCUUGAUAUAAUGAAGAACAACUGCACUGAGUUUACUGGCAAUCUGGUUACUUGUUAUUCUUUUAAUACAGAAGUUCUCAACUCAAAUGCAGUCCCACAGGGGUCUCAAGCAACUUGGGAAGGGGUCAUAUUUUUUAAAAGAUUUGCACAGGUAAAGUUGGAAGAAAAGGCCCAGGUAGCAUUGGGAAGAUGGCAAAACCUGAGAAUCUAGUAAUCUGGAAAAGGGAUGCAUCAAUCAAAAGAUUUUUAUUUAACUCAUUGUUUUAGCUCAUGAGUAAGGUUGAACAAAUUUGUUUAUCAUUCAAGGGAUUAUGGUAUUGCAAAGUUCGAGAAUCCUUACCUUAAUGAAUUGCCAUGUGUUCAUAUUUUCAUUGAUCUGGAAUCCCAGAAAAGGAACAAGAAAAGAGCCUCAUAUGAGGUCAGAAACUGGAGAGUGCUUGCUUUCAUGAACUUUGAAUUGAAUAGAGACCUGCUUGCCAUUGUACAGAACUGGUUUACAAUCAUGAUAAAGCUUAUCAUUUUAGUAAAUAAAUCACAAUUAACUUGGUUUGUAAAUACAUAAACUCAUAUAUCAUUUAUUUAUUAUUUAUUUUCAAGGCUUAUAGGUGGUAUAGGUGGUUCCAAUCAAUGAACCAGUAGCAAUUGGGGUAUAACACAUAUAUGUGCCCAAGGAUUCAAACUGCCUAAAGAAGUCUAUUUAAAAUAAUUGCUCAUACAGAUAGUUACAAUAACUCCGUCUCAUAAAAUACCCAAAACUUCACCAGCUUUCUGAAGAACAGGAGAGAUUGAUAAUCUUCUUUGGCAAUUGGGAAGUAGAUAGAUUAUUUUGAUAAGAGAUUUCCAUUCCAGACUCUGUGCUUAAAACAAGCAAAUGCCCUUGUUCUUGCUGAGGGUAGAUUGGCUUUUGUCAUUGUCAAAUUAUCUGUCUCUUUCAGGGUCUCAAAAAAAUAAGAGACUGCUUCAUUUCUGUAAAGAUAAAGAAACUGAAAUUUUAACUUACUGAAUAUUUGGAUUCGGUAAUUUAGAGGCUUAAGUUUGGAAUCCUUUUUAAAAGUGCAUAUAGUAUGUUCCUUGAAGAAGGUUAGAUUUCUGUUUAACUGAAGAAAAAAGCUCUGGCAUAGUAACAAGUCUCUGCAUGAAUAAGAGAAUUGUAAUUUUCUUUCAUACAUCCAUGUAAGUGUCUUGUAUUUAAGAUAAAUUCUACCUUAUGGAAUGGCUAAUAUCGCAAUUUCUCAAAUUCAAAUGGAUUGUUUAUUGAUAUCAGGUGAAUAACUGGGCACACAACCUAUAACAAUAUGCAUGCCCAACUCUUCAUUGUACCCUUGGGUAUAAGUGUAGGUAGUAAUACCAUCCCAAUUUUUAAAAAAUAUUUUUACUUUCUUUUUUAGCUCACAUGCAAAACCAAGCUAUGCAGUGCUUUGUGCUCAGUUCUCUUUCAAAUCUUAGCUUCUAAAUCCAUACUGUUAAUCUUUGUUUCAUGGCCAGAUUUUCAAUAAGAUCCUUCAUCCAGGUACUGAACUUUAACUUUCCCUGGUUUUGUAAGUGACAGCUUACAUUUUUCCAAUUUAGUAGAGCCCAUGGAAAACAACAGAUAUUUGCUAUUGUUUUGUUUCAUGUAUAUAUGUUAAUACUGAGUGGUUAAAGACCACUGGUUAUAUGGUUAAAAAUAAAAUGUUCUGUAUUGAUACUCCCACCUUUCCUCAUUCACUCUAUGUCUCUCCAUGCUGGAACAAAUAUUUAAGUUGCAUUAAAAUACAGAAGUACUGUAUCUGUCCCCACCAAAUUCCUUUUUGGUCUGACUUUGGUGGCUAUUGACUCACUACUUCACAACAUGUUACAUACAUGCUAUAUACAUGUAAAAGAUUGUAUAAAUUGUAGAGGCAUUGCAUUGACAAAGUACUGUAUAGUUUGCAAAAGUUUUACAUAAUCCAUUUGUGAGAUUAUCUUGUAAAGAUUCACACUUUUCAAUGUUAAAAUACUGCUUCAGCUUUUGUAUCCAAUUCCGAUGCCAAUUUCUUCUGGUUUAUAAUACUGCUGUUUCUCAUUAAUGAAGUUAUUUAGUUUUGGGUUUAAUAUUCAUUUAUCAUUAGUGGAUGAAUUGAUUUUUUACCAAUAUUUUUCAAUUGCUACCACCCUAAGUAAUGGUAUAUUUUAAUGUAUGGUAAAUAAUAGAAUUGAAAUCUCUCUCCCAUUUAAGAGAACAAAAACAACACAAACUUGAAAAAUACAUUCACUCUGUAUUUUUUCUUUGUUUAAAAGGAAUAUAAUAUGCUUUUAAAUCAUCUGCCUGUUGGGAAAGCAAACAUGGCAGUGUAUCCUGGACAGCAUGUCCUGAGACUCAGUGAAGAAUUAACAUGUAUAGGGUAGUGCCAAAUGCAUCUUCUUACUUUCAGUUGUGUACUUAGUUUAAAGCUGAAUAAAUUAAUUGUUUGUAAAAA